AUGUUUCUAUUACGAUCUCGUCGUCCUGAGGACGUGAUCCAGAAGACUAUUGAAGCAGCAAUAGCAGCAGAUAAGGCAGAAAAGUUUCAGGAAGCAGUGUGUUUGUAUGUAUCUGGAAUUGAAAAGAUGAUGGCACAACUUGCACAGUUGCCACAUGAGGAAAAGAAGAUCGAGAUGCGACAGAAGAUUAAUGAGUACAUGAUAAGGGCCGAGUAUCUUAAGGAACGGACGUUGAAGCAGCAAACGCAGAUGUCACAGGUUCCAAGUGUUCAGAGUAGUAAUGCACGUCCUACAAUCGAUCGUCUUCAGAAACCAAGAUCGGGAUAUUCGAAGAAGCAUGCAGAGCAUGCGCAUACUAUAUUGGACGAGGUUUUAGACCACUCACCUGGUGUCCGUUGGACAGAUGUUGUAGGGCUUGGCAUUGCAAAGCAAAUUUUACAGGAGGCUGUCAUUUUGCCUACGCUGCGCCCUGAUUUAUUUACAGGCUUACGGGCUCCGCCUCGAGGGGUGCUACUCUUUGGACCACCGGGUACAGGGAAAACAUUGCUAGCGAAAGCUGUUGCUACAGAAGCGAAUGCAACAUUCUUUAACAUUUCUGCGUCGUCUUUGACCUCCAAGUGGGUGGGCGAAGGCGAAAAAUUGGUUCGAGCACUUUUUGAAAUGGCCAGGGAGCUACAACCGUCUGUAAUAUUUAUGGAUGAAAUUGACGCUUUGUUGGCGACGAGAUCGGCAUCCGAGAACGACGCUAGUCGAAGAAUUAAAAACCAGUUUUUUACUGAGCUUGAUGGAGCUGCAUCAUCGCAAGAGGAUCGAAUUCUUGUCAUGGGAGCUACAAACCUCCCUCAGGAGCUCGAUGAGGCCAUCGUACGACGCCUUGAGAAGCGCAUUUACGUGCCUCUUCCGGAUGCUUUAUCUCGCGAAGGACUUGUUCGGCAUUUACUUGGUGGUCAGAAGUUUUGUUUGUCGUCCAAAGAGAUUAAAUAUAUAGUGAAGUCAACGGAAGGCUAUUCCGGCAGUGAUCUCAAGGCUGUGUGCAAAGAUGCUGCUCUAGGCCCAAUACGCGAUCUUGGUGCAAAUGUCGCGAAUGUGAAAGCUGAAGACGUGAGAGGAAUUAACGCGUCCGACUUUCAGGUGGCAGUGAGCCGGGUCCGACCAAGUGUAUCCUCGACGACGAUAGAAGCUCUCAUUGCAUGGAACGGACAAUAUGGAGUGUCUGCAGAAUGA